AUGGCGCUUCGCCGGCUCCCCUUCGAGCUACAGACGCUGCUGUGGCACUUCCCGUCCUACCGACUGGUGCCUACAGCCGUCUCGCCAACUCCUUCAUCGGUGCUUUGGUCUCGUCACACCUCGGCCCCGGCGGUCGACGCCAGCCUCGCUCGUUUCCAAUCGUCGUCGCACGUCGUUUCUCACCCUUCGCCGCUCGCCGUUGACGACAUCACCGCGACAGGCCCGGCCAUCUUCGAAGACGUCUCGAACGAGUAUCAAGAAAUCCCUUUGUCGACGCUCGAUUUUCCUCGUUCCGCUCCUCGCUCGAACGACGAUGCCCUGCUCGCAUUGCUCGAAGCAGGCGAUCUCGUCGGCGCACGAUCGCUGAGAAAAGAUCUCAUCGAUUCUUCCCAACUUAUUCCGCCCCGAUUCGAAUUCCUCAAAUACGCUGAACAGAUACUGCGGGCUGAUGUCGCGGGUACAGAGACCACGAACGAUUGGUUGGAAUGGUGGUCGCUCGCGCCUUCGCUCGUCUCCGCGAGGUCGAUGAUGGGUCAACAUCCCGGCCAAUACAAGCGCAGGGUAAGGGAGAUUGCACAUGUCGCGGAGAGGAUCUUGGACAUCUUGAUGUCGGGCCGGAGAGGGCGGCAAGCGACGACAACCGAUUGGAAUCGCGUCUCGGCAUUUGGUCUUGUGCUCGCCGAGCAGGGUUUCGUCCGAGGGCUCGCCGACAAGGUUCUGGUUCAGGCUGCGGCGUACGCACCUGUCGACCAGAGCGAAAUGAUGUGGUUGUCUUCAGUCGACUCCCUCCGACGGGUGUACCACGACAUCGGCUCCCCAGUAGGCUCACCACAGAACGCCUCCACAUCAUCGCCGAGCGCCAGAACAGACGCUUACAUCGCAUCGAGGGUACAGCAAGAUUUCAUUGCGCUCAGAGAGCGACGAGCUGGAAUGCUCAGAGCGCAUUGCAACCUCGGACGACUCGACCUCUUCACCGGUCUACUCGACGAGCUGGCUCUCGUUGAAGAUCUCGACGGUCGACCCAUGUCGCUUCCGAACGAGAGUUUCAUCCCUCUUUUGGCCGAAACGGCGACGUCAAAUCGGUUCGAUCUCUUCGAAAGGAUCUUGGCGAACUUGUAUCGGAAGGGUCGUCGACUUGUACCCGUGCAUUCGGAACGGCUGAGAGCGAGGACACCGUACCACAUCAGAGGUGCUGCUAGCGCGUCGAGUUCGGGGACGAAAUCGACCAUCUCGCCGCAAGAAGCGUUCACGACCUAUCGCUACUCGACGCAUGUCGGUGCAUUGGAGGAAGGGACGGAUGAAGUUGCUCAAUCCAGUCUUCGUUCCGAUUUGAAAGCCGCGCUGCAGGCCAACGAUGCGGAUCGAGCCGCGCACGUCAUCACCUCCAUGAUGGGGGCGCAUGAACAGCCCAGCAUCGAUGCCAUGGCCGAUUUCAUUCGGCUCGCCCUUGAUACCCGACAAGAAAGGACGCUCGCCUUUGUCGAAACGCUGGAUGAGCACUUUGACGUGCGAAGUUCCAAAGGAGCUCAUCGACGCUCGAGCGAGAUGUGGGUUGUGUCCAAGAUGUUGGCCUUUGUUCAACGUGGGGAACAUACUCGAGCUUUGGAUUUGUUCCGUCGCACCUUCUCGCUCGAUGGAAUACCUUCGACGCUCGAACAAGUCCUAGCGACUACUAUUCCGCCUUUGGAUCCCGACUCUCGAUCAGGUCAAACCCCUCUCACCGCCGGGGCUUUACGAAUCGCCUGCGAAGCUCUCGUCGCUCUCUUAGAGAAAUUGCAAUCGACUCUAAUCAUCUCUACGAUCUACGAGGCCCUGCUCCGCGAACCGGCCAUCAUCAUCCCUCUACGACCUAAAGGUCUCAGCUCCCCUCUCGACGCUUCGACUUUCACACCUUUCAUCCUCUCGUUCAGUAAGAGGGAGGAUCCACUGGUUUUACUCAAGGUAUUGGAUCAGAUGUGGACGGUUUUAAGAUUACGUCCGACCAAGCAUCAGGUUGGGAUGAUGCUUGGUUCAUUCGCUCGGUUCGCUAGGUCGAAUGAGUUGUUUUAUGUCCUGGACAUCGUGACGAGACGACCAACAGCAGGUUUGCAGGGGAGUGUGAGGGAACAAGUCGCGGAGAUGAUGCAUAACAUCGAGGAAGCUUUCGACGAGGAGAAAAACAGGCUGGACAUCGUGGUGUGGUCAGCGAUGAUUGAGGGAUUGAUGAGACAGAAGGAUCACGAGGCUGCGCAAGAGGUCGUAAGGAGGAUGCAGCAGAGCCCAGGGUUCGGGAAGGGCUGGUUUGAGGAUCAGAGGUUGAGGGAGGCGAUGACUGAGCUGCUCAAAUCGACUAGAUCGGUCGAAGAGUGA